UAAAGAGCACAGAGGGAAGACCCCAGAAGAUGCUGCUUCUCCUGCUUGCCUGUCUCUUGCCUGCCAUCAAUGGGAAGAGCUGCUUCCACUGCUGGCCACAACUGCCUGCAUUGAUAGACUAUGACCUGCAGAUUCUAUGGGGCUCCCCAGGACCACCCAGAGAUCUCUCCCAAAGCAUCCACUUCCUAUUCCUGAAAAAGGAUUAUGUCUUCCCAGAACCCUGGUAUCUUGAUCAUGCCCAUAUGGAAGAAGCAACAGCCAAAUUAUUCAAUCACAUAGAUGAAGCCAUUAAGAAGUUUCGAGAUGAUAAACCAUCACUUCUGAGAGAGAUUAAUGUCCAGAAACAGGUGUUUACUAACAGGCUGAAUGAGACGUCUAAGAAGCUGAAGGAGAAGGGUGAGAGGUGGAGAUGGCCCCUGCCCACCACCCAGCCCUUCACCUUCCCCAAGACUGAGAAGAACAGAGCCCAGUCUGCAGCCCCUCCCAUGUCCCUCCCCAGGAAUCCCCAUUUGCCCACAUACUGGGCGCCUGUCCACACCUUCUCCAAGUUCCCUUUCUUGAUGAUACCCCAACCCUUUCAUGGCUCUGUCUGCCUCCCCCAGCACCUCAGUUUCUCUAUCAUCUCACCCUCCUGGGCAGCUUGUAACAAGUCUUGUGAGCUACACCCCACAUUGGAGGUCAUCAAUUGUGCCAGCUGCAAGACACACCUUCUUACCUGCAAAGACCCAACUCUCUGCCCAGCCAGGAGCCGGAGAAUCCUCGCAUGGGUUGUGAGCUUUGGCAUUAUUCUGCUUCUGGCAGCCAUAGCUGGAAGUGGAUGGUACAUUUUCUGGCAUGAGAAGAGGAAGAAGGAAGCUGAAAAGGCCCUUCUGGUGCCCCUCUUCCAGAGCUAGCACCCAGGCUGGAAGUGACCUGACUCCAGUAGCACCAGCCUGCCGUAAGGGCCGCAACUUGGCUACAAUGGGGGGACUGCAAGAGACUGAGGCAAGAUGUAUAUAGACCAUAAAUGGCAACCAGUACAGGGAGUCCAAUGGCUGAGAGUAGCUGUGGGUCUCCAGCCAUAGGUAUCUCCAGCCCCCAGCCCAGGAAGACCCAGGAAGCACCCCCUUCCAAGGUGGUGUCUUCAACAAUGAGAAACCAUGGAAAGUGUGAAGGGAGAGAGAAAUGUUGUCACUGAGAGUUUAGUGUUGCAGCAGAGCAGAGGUAUGAGAGGUUUAAUAGGUUCAGGCAACUCCAAGAAAUGUGAUAUUGCUGAAGGGAGAGGCCCAGGUUAGAGGAUGUUGAGAGGUGGGGCCCACAGAAGCACCCAGGCCCAAAGGGAGUGAAAACAAGUGAGCAGGGAGGGCUGGGAAGAAGUAGUGGAGGGCUUUGCCAGUGGCAGGCCUGAGUCCUAGGGAGAGGUCAGGGAUCCAGACAGGGAAAGAGUAGCUAUGCCCAGGCGUAUGCGGCUCCACAUGCUAGGAGCUGAGAUGUCCCCUCCAUCCAGCUCCACAGAUUAUCCCUGCCUCACAAAACUGAGGAAGGGUCCAUAGAUAUAAGGUUUUUGGAGAAAGCAUAAAGACAUAGCUAUAGCCAAAUGGUGAGAACGUCCUCAUAUCCAUUCUGAAUGACUGAGCCAGAGCCCCAGGCAGUAGUAAUGGACCCCCAGGAAACUGUGAUUCUUUGUGUCUGUAAAAGCUGGCUGCCACCUAGGAGAGAGGGAAAGCCAGGCUUUCAUGGUGGUGAUAUUGGUUUCCUAUUUAUAUUUAAAUUGGGACUUAAACCAUUACUUCAAAAGAAUCCAGAGCAACUGCUUUCUGAUGCAUGCAGCAGAAAUAGA